AUGUUCCGAAGGCUGAAAUGGACAGUUCACAGCACCAGUAAGCGCCCAGCAAUCAAGAUCAGUGACGGGACCUACACUACCCACCAACUGAAGUACCUCGAGUGGCAAAACAAGCGGAGAGUGACGCUAGGCCAUCAAGAGCUUGCGCUGGACCGUGUGGUCGAUGUCUUGGAAUGCGAAACGGUCGACUACGGCAUCAUGAAUGACAUGAGCUCCAUUUUGCGGAGCGAUGAUUCGUACAAGGCCGCCAAGAGCGUUGACGUGGCCGUCGAUCUCGACAUCCAGGAUUUGCGAGAGCGCCUAUCUAAAGAGAAGGGGAUGUAUUUGCCCGAAGAGGAUGCUGAGGCCGAGAACGACGGUGCCGUGCAGAUAUUUGUCCUGACCCAACCGCCUUACAGACGUGCUCUAUCUUGGCCCGCCGUGAAGGUGAAUCUGAUCACAAGCGCUAACCAUCCUGUGCCCACGACAGGACACCAGGGCGUGCCUUUCGAGAUUGGGCAGAAUACCCGCUCUAUCCAAACGGAGACCGUGGCCGGCUCACGUUGCUACAGAAUCCUAGAUGACUCCAACAUCCCAGUUGACUCAAAUGAUGCCAGCCUUGACGUGCCGGGUGACGCGGGCGACGCGGAUGACGCAACCGUGUCCCGGCAAAACGGUAGCGAAGCUUCUGCCGAUUAG